CUUACCUGGAAGUACCUUAAGCUAAGCCGAGCAAUGGAGCCCAUUCUGAGUGCACGGGAGAAAGAAGAGCUUGGAAGAUCACUUAUCUAUGUCCUACAGAGUACUGGUCAGGCCAAGGAGUUCCUGGUGGACCUCGGUACAGCUGAGCUCACACGUUAUGACUUCCAAGAAUCAUUAAUAUUCCGUGAAAACACUAUUGUCACCAAGGCCAUUGAAGAAUACAUGAAAAUGGUGGGACAGAUGUACCUUCAGGAGACCCUUGGCCCUUUUGUCUCUCGUAUAUAUGCCUCAACAGACAGCCAUGAAGUUGACCCCCUGCGCUGUUCCCCAGAAGAGCUAAAUGAGAACAAAGAGCAUCUGUGGCAAAGCUGUGAGGAAGCUGUGCAGAGUAUUCUAGAGUCACAAAGG